GACAAGCUUGCGAUGCGUCCUACCAUUUCUUCCGCAGCCGCCGUGCUGCUGGUAUCUGCCGCACCUAUUUUGGCUCAAUUUCCUGCGGAACCAGUUGGCCUCAAGGUGCUAGAAUCGCGCUUUGGAGAUGGCGUAAAGAUUACCUACAAAGAGAAUUCGCUCUGCGAAACUACGCCUGGUGUGAAGUCUUUCUCUGGUCACGUCUACUUGCCUCCGGGAACUGCAGACCUGGGACAAGGGCAGGAUUAUCCAAUCAACAGCUUCUUCUGGUUCUUUGAAGCUCGUGAGGAUCCUGCAAAUGCGCCACUGACGAUUUGGCUGAAUGGAGGCCCCGGGUCUUCAUCCAUGUACGGCAUCCUGGAAGAGAAUGGACCAUGCUAUGCGAACCCAGACUCGAACUCCACGCGGCCGGCAGAGUGGAGCUGGAACAGGGCUUCGAACAUGCUCUAUUUCGACCAACCAGUUCAGGUUGGCUUUUCUUAUGACACUUUGCAAAACAUCACUCGUGACCUCGUUACCGGAGAGGUCACACUUCUCAACGAGACUACACCCGUGCCUGAACAGAACACUACUUUGCUCACUGGAACUUUCCCUAGUCGCGAGGCAAACAACACCGCUUUUGGUAGUGUCAACGGUGCCGUCGCAGCAUGGGAAUUUGCGCAAGCCUGGUUCCAAGAAUUUCCCCACUACUUGCCAAACGACACUCGCAUCAGUCUCGCAGCUCAAUCAUAUGGCGGACGCUACGGUCCCGCCAUGAUGUCUUUCUGGGAAGAGCAGAACCAGCGCAUCGAGAAUGGUACCCUUGGCGAAGAAGGCUACAUCAUGCAUCUUGACACCCUACUUCUCAUCUCAGGAUGCGUCGACCGCUACGUUCAGUACCCCUACUACCCCGAGCAAGCUUUUCGUGGGAACGGAUACGGGUUUGAAGCUGUCAACGAAACAACAUACAACGCCAUGGUCGAAUCAGUCCCAGAGUGUCUCGAGCGCAUUCAGAACUGUCGUGACGCUGCGGCGCAAGAUGACCCCGAGAACCUUGGUAUCGAUGCAGGUGUCAACGAGAUUUGCGAAGACGCUGAAACUUAUUGUCGCGCCAACAUCGUCACCCCAUACAACCAGUACGCAGGCCGCGAUUACUACGACAUCUCCACCCCGUCACCGCCUCCAUUUCCCCCUCCAUUCCACGAAGGUUACUUGAAUCGCGAAUGGGUACAAGCUGAGCUCGGCGUGCCACUGAACUGGACCGGCAGCUCACCGCAAGCCUCCGCUGCAUACCGCGACAUUGGCGACUACCCUCGCGACAACUGGCUUGACGACCUCGGUUUCCUGCUCGACAACGGUAUCAAAGUCUCGCUCGUCUACGGAGACUUGGACUUUGCUUGUCCCUGGGGUGGCGGUGACGCUGUCGCCAAGGCAAUCAACUGGACUGGAUCUGCGGGCUACGCGUCAGCGCAAUAUGCUGAGAUCCAGACCAACGACUCCUAUGUUGGGGGUCUUGUGCGUCAGUACGGUAACCUCAGUUAUAUCCGCACGUACCAAGCUGGUCACGCGAUCCCUGCAUACCAGCCAGAAACCGCUUUCAAGAUCUUCUCACGUGCGCUGUUCAAUCUUGAUAUUGCAACUGGAACUGAGUCAACUGCUGGAACGCAAGAGAGCAGCACGUACAUGAGCACCGGCCGUCCGGAUCCUAAUGUGCAGUUUGACGCCUUCACUAGCGAGAGACUGACGUACUGCUACACCUGGGAUUUGAGUUCUUGUACUGAAGAGACGGUCGACGCGGUUCUGGAUGGUUCGGCAGAAAUUUGCCAGUACCUUGUUGUCGACGCAAAUACUACGCAGCUUUUCCCAGAGGUUAUCGCGCAAUGUCGUGCGGGCAGUGGUGGGAAUGCUACGGCACCGGGUGGACAUAGUAACAGUACGUUGCCAGAAUUUGAAGGCGGUGCUGCGAGGGUGGGAGGACGUGCGUGGACGUUCUGGUCCGGAUUGGUCAUGUCGCUCGUCGUGAGCUUGACACUCUAG